UAUAAAUUAAUGAGACUUUAAUGUAAGCCUCAAUUCAUCUGUGAAACACAUCUGAAGUAGUAGAGUAGUGUUGAGGGUGUCGGUAUAUUGAAUUAAAUCCAUAAUGUUUUUUUUAUUGUUGUUGUUUGCGGCCGCUUUGUUGUGUGUGCACGAAUUUGUGCGGCGACGGAGCCGCAAUUGGAAAAUGCUGAACCAGUAUCCCGGAGACUACCCCCUGCCAAUUGUAGGGAAUGGCUUGCAGUUAGGAUUUGACGCGGAUGAUUCUUCGCAUAAAUUAAUGGAACUCUGGAAAAAGCAUGGCAUGACUAAUUUUCGUAUGACUGUUGGACCUGAAGAGUGGGUGCUUCUUUCCAAUCCUGACGAUAUUGCGACUAUUCUGAACCAUCCAACUGAACUCGGCAAACAAGUCGAAAGGAAUACAGCGAUGAAACCCUUUUUUGGCAAUUCUGUGUCCACAUCUGAAGGUGAACGAUGGAGGUCAACACGCAAGUUGAUGGCCCCAAGCUUCCACUUUAAGACCCUGGAGAAGAGGGUGGAGCACGUAAACAAACACUGUGAUCGUUUGUUCGAGCUUCUCGAUGAUCAAACCGCUCGCGGUGGUGACGUCGACAUGUAUCGCUAUCUGAGGCCUUAUAUGUUCGAUAUUUUGUGCAGUUCCGUGAUGGGUGUGGAUUACAACCUUCUAAAUGAUUUGGAUCAUCCCUAUCUACAAGCAAGUGCAAAGGUCGUCAACAUUAUAACACAAAACUACUUCUCCUAUUGGAGGAAUAUAAAGUAUCUAUUCAUGCUAACACCAUUCUACAAAGAUAUGAUGGACACGAUUGGUACAAUCCGAAACACGAGUACCGAUAUUAUCGCAAAGAGAAAACAGAAGCUAACGCAAAUCAUUGAAGAUACAAAGAACAAUAACAAGAAUGUUGAUAUAGACUUGGAAGAAAUUAUAGAAAAUAAAGUUGACGACAUGUGCCUAUUGGACAAGUUCUUACUGAGUAAACUCUUAAAUGGAGAACCCAUCCCCGAAGACAUGAUUAACGAAGAAAUUACUCUCGUUUGCUGGACUGGCCACUAUACGACCACCAUGACAAUGGCGCACACGCUGUACUGCCUGGCCAAGCAUCCUGAAGUUCAAAACAGAGUUCUAGAAGAACAGAAAUCUAUUUACCAAAAGGACAUAUUCAAGAAACCGACAAAUCAUGAGCUAACUGAAAUGAAAUACCUAGAAGCCGUAAUUAAAGAGAGCAUCCGAGUUAUUCCAACAGUUACUAAGAUUGGCAGACAACUAAAAAAUGACUUGAAAUUCAAAGAUGGUAGAGUGGUACCCGCCGAUACUACUCUUGUAGUAUUUUACGAGGCAAUAUAUCAAGAUCCUAAGACAUUCACAGAGCCAGAGAAAUACAAUCCAGAAAGAUUUUUCAGUCCGAUGCACAAUCACGCCUUUGUUCCUUUCAGUGCUGGACCUAGAAAUUGUAUCGGUUUCCGGUACGCGUGGUCCGCAAUGAAAGCAACUAUAUCAAACAUUAUACGGAGGUACGAACUCACUCUGGGAGGCCCGGGCACAGAACCACAAUUCGCAUACAGAAUAAUCACAGAAUCGAAAAAUGGUAUACACUUAAAAUUGAGGAAACGAGAAUAUUAGCUGGGGCUUUGGAGCUUAGCGUACUAAAGUGAUUAUAAUGAUGAAUCAUCUUAAU